GCUCCGGGACGCGCUCCCAAUGGAUCACUGCUUUCUGUAGCCUUCAUGAAAGCCAGAGAUAUGAGCGACGAAGCAGAGGGGGAUAAUUCAGAUCAAACAAACUUCAAAUGCAAAUCACUGUUGUCAUCUUACUGCAUCGACAGUAUUCUAGGAAGGAAAAGUCCCUUAAAAGUUAAAGCAUCACCAAACAGCUUGUGGCCCCUUCAACCAGACAUGCACCUGCCGCCGAAGCUCCGCCGCCCCUUCGCCCCGUUGACAGACUCCUCCAUUCACACAGACGAAAAUGAGGCAGGGGGCCCGAGGCUGCUACACACGGCUUGUGAAAAGUUAAAAAUUACAGAGGCCUCGCUUGUAAACACCGGUCGCGCUAGAUCGUAUCAGGAGCUUGCUAUACAGUCCUGCAGAGACGCAUCUAGUCCCACGCCAAGACCAAAUGAGGAAGAAACCGACAGUGAAAGACUGUGUAGAGAGACAAUUGUUUCUCCGGGUCUAAUGGGACUGCAAGAACGAGAGGCGUAUUUGAAGAACGGCGAGGAAACUACUUUAUCGGCGGGAAGUGACACCGAAGAUGGGAUGUUAAAGCGAAAGCAGAGGAGAUACCGGACCACAUUUACCAGCUAUCAGCUUGAGGAACUGGAAAGAGCUUUUCAAAAGACUCAUUAUCCAGAUGUUUUCACAAGGGAGGAAUUAGCAAUGAGACUUGAUCUUACAGAAGCACGAGUGCAAGUCUGGUUCCAAAAUCGUCGUGCAAAAUGGAGAAAAAGGGAAAAGGCGGGGGUCCAUUCACACACUCUGAGCCUACACUAUCCUGGAACCCCCCCUGCUACACAGUCCUUGUGUCAUUACCUGAGUGGGAAUCCUUUUGUCCCAAACCCACAUCCACUUAUUGAUUCAUCUUGGCCUGCCCCCCUCCAAAGACCGCCUCAGCCUCCUCCAAACCCUGCCUCCCCUCACGGCUUCAGUGCUCUGUUAGGGGCGGCGAUGUUUAGACAUCCCGCUUUCAUCAACCCCACUUUUGGAAGACUUUUUACAAGCUUAGGUCCAAUGGCACUGCAAAGGAUACCCCUUCCUGCAAUCGAGGGCCAGAUUCAACGCUCCCACCUCGCCAACAACCUUAUCUCCUCUUCACCACCCCUACCUUUAUCCCCGACAGUGGACCUCCAUGCUUCCAGCAUAGCAGCACUGCGUCUCAAAGCAAAAGAGCAUUCUGCUCAGUUGACUCACAUCACUGCUGCUAGAAUGGCUGGAAAAGAGGAGUGCUAGACUCACUCUCACUUGAGAGAUGGCAAAAGACCAAAGUCAAUCAGAAGCACUGAUAUCUGUGGAGUUUUGUAUCAUUAACAGAUUCACUAGUAGACACGUGUAACGUAGUUUUCAGUCACUGGAAGUUGAACUGUAGAAUUCUAAAGCUUUUUAAAUGUUUGUUAAUGAGUGCUAUUUUUUUAUUAUUAGUUGAACAAUCUUAUUAGAUCAUUUCAUCCUGUUUUUAAUAGGAAAUGGACAAAGCAAUUAUCAAACAGCUAUAUGAACAAAUUAACAGCUGCUUUUCACAUCCGACAAUUGUUCGAGGUGUUCUUUGACAGUGAAAGGGAUGUUUUACUCUACAUAUAUUUAUUUUGCAUCAUACAAUGUUAGGAUUUUUUAAGGCUGCACUUUCUGUGUUCACAGAAUAGUAUAUAAAAUAGUUUAUGGUUAUGUCGCCAUGCUAUGAGCCACCAUUCAGGGAAAUAAACAAAAUAUCCAUAUGCUUCUCUUAAUGAAUUAGCCAGGGAAAAUAAGAUAAUGUGAAAGUAAAAAAUAGACGUUUUGUGUUGUCUUAAAAUUCUUUCUGUAUUUAAUGCUUUAAAUAA